GCAUGCAUUUGAAUAAGAAACCUCCCAGAAUGCUAUAUAAAGGACUUCCAAAGACUCAGCCUGUUAGUAACCCCUACUGGAAUCACAUAAGGUGAUGAAGAUGGAGACAGGAGAUGAAAUUGCUAUUGUGGGAAUAGCAUGCAACUUUCCCGGAGGUGAAGGAAUUGACAAUUUCUGGAAAGUGCUGGAGGAAGGCAAAAACUGCACAGUAGAAAUCCCCCCCGAGAGAUUUAAUACCGAAGAGUGGUACGAUCCAGACAGUAACAAGCCAGGAAAAAUGUAUACAACACGAGCUGCUCUUCUCAAUGAAUUUAACGCUUUUGACAACCACCUGUUUGGAAUUAAUAACGUGGAAGCUGAAAGCAUGGAUCCACAACAGAAAUUACUUUUAGAAUGCACAUAUAAAGCGCUAGAGGAUGCAGGAGUCCCUGUAGAAGCCAUCAGUGGCACCAAAACAGGUGUUUUUGUUGGCCUUAUGAAUCGAGACUUUGAAAUCCUAAGAAGCAAAUCAGUAAGUGAAAUAAAUCAUUAUGCUGGUACAGGAUCAGCAAUGAGCAUAGCUGCUAAUAGGGUCUCCUUCACGUUUAAUCUGACUGGACCAUCGCUGACAAUUGACACUGCUUGUUCAUCAUUUCUUUUUGCCCUGCAUUACGCCUUGCGAGCAAUUAAAUCAGGUAAUGGGACUGAAGAGAUGGUAGGCAAAGAGAUUCGAAUUAAUGCUGCGUUCACAUUUUUGCCACGUUUUGGCAUGCAUUUGAAUAAGAAACCUCCCAGAAUGCUAUAUAAAGGACUUCCAAAGACUCAGCCUGUUAGUAACCCCUACUGGAAUCACAUAAGUUUGCUUGUGUCACUGACUAGAGGAGAGUGUGAAUUCAACCACAGCAUGGUCACUACAGCCCAGGCAGUCUCCAAUCCUGAUGUCAUUGAUCAGUUCAUUUCACUGGUGAGCAGCAGGUCCAGUAUUGCACCCCUCAAUUACUUGACUCAGGAAGUCAUCCCCAAUGUAUUCGAGGAGCCUCCUGGAUUGCCUACAGCUCACUGUGCUACUUUUCCAGCAGAUGUCCGGAUGUAG